CUGGUUUAACUGGUUGUGACAAUACAUCAGGAGUUUCCAAACUCAGUCUUGGAGGGCUGGUGUCCUGCACAGUUUAGCUCCAACCCUAAUUAAACACACCUGACCCAGCUAAUCACGGUUUUACUAGGCAUGCUAGAAACUUUCAGGCAAGUGCGUUGAGGCAAGUUGGAGUUAAGCUCUGCAGGACACCAGCCCUCCAGGACCGAAUUUGGAAUACACCAUCUGAACAUCUUUACUCUCAAAUUAUUUAUGAUUGUACAUGAAAUCUAUUAUUUUUCUGUUUAGAUCCUCCCAGAAAUGUCUCAGUGACCAAAAAUAGAUCUGGUGAAAUAGUGGAGGGAGAUUCAGUGUUUCUGAUCUGCAGCAGUGAUUCAAACCCACCUGCUCUGAACUACAGCUGGUUUAAAGGAGAAAUGUUUGUAGGAUCUGGAAGAAUCUACAGCAUCUCAAAGAUCAACUCUGAUCACAGUGGAGAAUACAAGUGCAAGUCCAUCAAUAAACAUGGAGAGAAAUGCUCUGAUGCUGUGACUUUAAAUGUCAUGUACCCACCCAGGAACAUCUCAGUGUCCAUCAGUCCAUCUGGUGAAAUAGUGGAGGGAGAUUCAGUGUUUCUAAACUGCAGCAGUGAUUCAAACCCACCUGCAGAAAUCAACUGGUUUAAAGGAAGAAAGUUUGUAGGAUCUGGAAGAAUCUACAGCAUCUCAAACAUCAGCUCUGAUCACAGUGGAGAAUACAAGUGCAAGUCCAUCAAUAAACAUGGAGAGAAAUACUCAGAGGCUGAGACUUUAAACACUAUGUAUGCACCAAAGAGCAUCUCAGUAUCCAUCAAUCCAUCUGGUGAAAUAGUGGAGGGAGAUUCAGUGACUCUGAACUGCAGCAGUAAUUCAAACCCACCUGCUCUGAACUACACCUGGUUUAAAGGAGGAACGUUUGUAAGAUCUGGAAGAAUCUACAGCAUCUCAAAGAUCAGCUCUGAUCACAGUGGAGAAUACAAGUGCAAGUCCAUCAAUAAACAUGGAGAGAAAUGCUCUGAUGCUGUGACUUUAAAUGUCAUGUACCCACCCAGGAACAUCUCGGUGUCUAUCAGUCCGUCUGGUGAAAUAGUGGAGGGAGAUUCAGUGUUUCUAAACUGCAGCAGUGAUUCAAACCCACCUGCAGAAAUCAACUGGUUUAAAGGAAGAAAGUUUGUAGGAUCUGGAAGAAUCUACAGCAUCUCAAACAUCAGCUCUGAUCACAGUGGAGAAUACAAGUGCAAGUCCAUUAAUAAACAUGGAGAGAAAUACUCGGAGGCUGAGACUUUAAACACUAUGUAUGCACCAAAGAGCAUCUCAGUAUCCAUCAAUCCAUCUGGUGAAAUAGUGGAGGGAGAUUCAGUGACUCUGAACUGCAGCAGUGAUUCAAACCCACCUGCUCUGAACUACACCUGGUUUAAAGGAGGAACGUUUGUAAGAUCUGGAAGAAUCUACAGCAUCUCAAAGAUCAGCUCUGAUCACAGUGGAGAAUACAAGUGCAAGUCCAUCAAUAAACAUGGAGAGAAAUGCUCUGAUGCUGUGACUUUAAAUGUCAUGUACCCACCCAGGAACAUCUCAGUGUCCAUCAGUCCGUCUGGUGAAAUAGUGGAGGGAGAUUCAGUGUUUCUGAACUGCAGCAGUGAUUCAAACCCACCUGCAGAAAUCAACUGGUUUAAAGGAAGAAAGUUUGUAGGAUCUGGAAGAAUCUACAGCAUCUCAAACAUCAGCUCUGAUCAUAGUGGAGAAUACAAGUGCAAGUCCAUCAAUAAGCAUGGAGAGAAAUACUCAGAGGCUGUGACUUUAAACACUAUGUAUGCACCAAAGAGCAUCUCAGUAUCCAUCAAUCCAUCUGGUGAAAUAGUGGAGGGAGAUUCAGUGACGCUAAACUGCAGCAAUGAUUCAAACCCACCUGCUCUGAACUACACCUGGUUUAAAGGAGGAACGUUUGUAGAAUCUGGAAGAAUCUACAGCAUCUCAAAGAUCAACUCUGAUCACAGUGGAGAAUACAAGUGCAAAUCCAGAAAUCAACAUGGAGAGAAAUAUUCUGAUGUUGUGACUUUAAAUGUCAUGUACCCACCCAGGAACAUCUCAGUGUCCAUCAGUCCAUCUGGUGAAAUAGUGGAGGGAGAUUCAGUGACUCUGAACUGCAGCAGUGAUUCAAACCCACCUGCAGAAAUCAACUGGUUUAAAGGAAGAAAGUUUGUAGGAUCUGGAAGAAUCUACAGCAUCUCAAACAUCAGAUCUGAUCAAAGUGGAGAAUACAAGUGCAAGUCCAUCAAUAAACAUGGAGAGAAAUACUCGGAGGCUGAGACUUUAAACACCAUGUAUGCACCAAAGAGCAUCUCAGUAUCCAUCAAUCCAUCUGGUGAAAUAGUGGAGGGAGAUUCAGUGACGCUUAACUGUAGCAGUGAUUCAAACCCACCUGCUCUGAAUUACACCUGGUUUAAAGGAGAAAUGUUUGUAGAAUUUGGAAGAAUUUACAGCAUCUCAAAGAUCAGCUCUGAUCACAGUGGAGAAUACAAGUGCAAGUCCAGAAAUCAACAUGGAGAGAAAUACUCUGAUGCUGUGACUUUAAAUGUCAUGUACCCACCCAGGAGCGUCUCAGUGUCCAUCAGUUCAUCUGGUGAAAUAGUGGAGGGAGAUUCAGUGACUCUGAACUGCAGCAGUAAUUCAAACCCACCUGCAGAAAUCAGCUGGUUUAAAGGAGGAACAAUUGUAGGAUCUGGAAGAAUCUACAACAUCUCAAAGAUCAGAUCUGAUGACAGUAAAACAUACAAGUGCAAGUCCAUCAAUAAACAUGGAGAAAAGUACUCUGAUGCUGUGAAUUUAAAUGUCAUAUAUCCUCCAAAUAACGUCUUAGUGUCUAUCAGUCCAUCUGGUGAAAUAGUGGAAGGAGAUUCAGUGACUCUGAACUGCAGCAGUGAUUCAAACCCACCGGCUCUGAACUACACCUGGUUUAAAGGAGAAAUGUUUGUAGGAUCUGGAAGAAUCUACAGCAUCUCAAAGAUCAGCUCUGAUGACAGUAAAAAAUACAAGUGCAAAUCCAUCAAUGAACACGGAGAUAAAUACUCUGAUGCUGUGAUGCUAAAUGUGAUGUAUGCACCAAAGAGUGUCUCAGUGUCCAUCAGUCCAUCUGGUGAAAUAGUAGAGGGAGAUUCAGUGACUCUGAUCUGCAGCAGUGAUUCAAACCCACCUGCAGAAAUCAGCUGGUUUAAAGGAGGAACGCUUGUAGGAUCUGGAAGAAUCUACAGCAUCUCAAAGAUCAGCUCUGAUCACAGUGGAGAAUACAAGUGCAAGUCCAUCAAUAAACACGGAGAGAAAUGCUCUGAUACUGUGACUUUAAAUGUCAUGUACCCUCCAAAAAAGGUCUCAGUGUCCAUAAAUGGAUCUGGUGAAAUAGUGGAGGGAGAUUCAGUGACUCUGAUCUGCAGCAGUGAUUCAAACCCACCUGCUCUGAACUUCAGCUGGUUUAAGGAGGAUGAAUCCUUAGUUGUUGGAUCUGGACAGAGUUUCAGUGCACUACAGAGUGGACGCUUCUACUGUGAGGCUCACAAUCAACAUGGAUCUCAGAGAUCAGACGCUGUUACUGUCACAGAGCAUCAGAGAUCCACUUGGCAUGUUGUUUUUGGGAUCACAGUGGAAUGUGGAGUAUCAAUCAUUCUUGUUACCAUCAUUAUCAUUAUCAUCACGUUCAUAAUAAAGAAACGAAGGAGUUUUAAAUCUCAAUACAUCACAAUGACACAGAUCUCGGAUUCCACUGAAGACACACAAAGACUUGAGCUCAUGUCCACGACCUCUGACUUGUACGGCACACUCUCAACCGUUCAUCCCAGAACUGCUGAAGACUCCUGCACAACAGUUUUAUAAUGUUGUUGAUGAACUUCAGUUAGUCUUUCUUCAUGUUAUUGCCUAUUCAGAUCAGUAUGAAGAUGCUGCAUUAAGAGGGGCGGAGCACAAAGGAGCCAAUCCUGAGCUAUGUAGGCGGAGUCACGUAUGAUUGACAGGGAUCAUUAGAGAUGAGUUAUUUAUGUGUUUUAUUUCUUUAUAGUUUCAGGAACAAUAUGUAACAGUAGAAUUAAAGCUGGUAAAUCAUUAUUGGGUAUAAAAAUAAAUGUAGUCGGACACAAGCUCACUGCUUUCUCAUUACACAGCAUUGUACUGCUUUUAAAUCGUAAUAACUGAUCAUUUUAUCCCGAAAUACUGAAGAAAAUCAUAAUUAUGCAACUUCACAAUGGACAGUGUAUCGUUUUAUGGUCUCAAAGUGCUCGAUAUUAUCAGCUUCUGUUAUUCUGUCUUUAGUGUUUCUGUAAUUUUCCCUUUAAGUGACCAGUCUCAUUUUGUUUGUACAAACCCAAACUACGACCAGAUGUCACCAUCACCUGCUACUGACAUCAACAAUGAUGUGCAUCAUCGGUAAAUCACAACUGCAGGUAUAUUACUACUGUAUAUUAUAGUCUUGCACUAUGAAAUAUAAAUUUCACACAACAGGUGUAUAUAUAUAUUUAUAUGUGAACAUAAUAUGUAGAUCAAUUCAGUGAAUGGUGUUAUGGAGGCUAUAGGAU